UAUUUCUAUCUUUUUAUUUUAAUAAUUUUCUAUUGAAUUUUAUGCACAUUUUUUAUAAUUACGAAUAUAUUUAAAAUUAUUCCUCUAAAUCGGAUCAAAAUUAAACUGAAAUACCGAAAUUUUCCACCUUUUGACAAAAAUUCUUUAUUCUUACUGUUGAACACCAUAACAAUACGGCCCUGCGAUGAGAACCUGGAGAGAAGUGUUGAAUAUGCGACACAGGAUACACAUGUGUAAAUGCAUCGUUUUGAAUUAAUCUAUCGUUUCUUUAUAAAGUUUUAUAAAUAAAGUUAAUGUGUUAAUAAAAAUUUUGAAAAUUCUCAUCUCUAAAUGGAUGCAAUUCAACGAAAACGUGAUAAAGCUCGUCUACGAGUAAGAAAAUUCCGAGCAAUAAAGAAAGCUUUACAGGAAAUUGAAGAACCAUCAAAUACUCAGGAUGAGUCCUUAAGUUCUUUUUCGAUAAAAAGUGAAGAUAUUGAUAUUGAAGAAAGUGGCCCUGAUUUACCAACGUCAAAUCCUUCGUCUAAUUUUGAAUUUGUGGAUUUCUCCAUUUCUGAAUUGCAACCAAUAUUGGCGAGAGAUUUUGAUUUAAUUGAUAAGGAACAGGACUCUGAGCCACAGAAAAAACGUAUUAAACCAGACGAGGAGGAGAGCAAUCGCUAUUCAUCUAACUUCCAAAAAUAUGUUGUUAAGGAAUUAAUUAGAAUUCGAUCGCAAUUGGAAGACAUACAACAUAGUCAACAGCAGCUGGCUAAUAAAUUAAAUUCCGCUGGUGUCAUUGAACCAACGCCAUUGGAUGCAAUUGACAAAUUUAUGGAAGAAUAUUCACUUAGUUUACCUUUUAAAUCCGUUGGGGAAUUCGAACGUUUCGAUGUCGCUUUGGCAUCAAAUGCAACACUUCGAGCUAAGUUUAUGGCUUCGUUGCUGGAUCUAUUCGACAGAAACCAUGUUGCAACAAAAACACUGGUAAACAUAAUGAAGAAAUACAUGUCUCGAGACGUUGCCCUAAGUUACACUGCUGUUAAACCCGUUAAAGAUAAAUACGUCUUGAAGGGAACAACUUUCUGCAAGUGCAUAAUAAGUGUACUUUUAAAAAAUCAUAUCGAUAAAAAUACCGGAACUAAAGCAACAGAACACAACUUAUUAUCAGCAUUAGGAUCUGUUUUGGCGAAUGCCAAGGACUGGGAAGGUUUCAGAGCUCGCCGAUCUAAACCUAAUGCUAUAAGAUAUGACAACGACUUUUAAUUAUUAAUAAUAAAUAUUAAUAAUAAUUACAAUAAUAUAUAAUUAACAUUACACGUAUAUAAUAUAUGUGUUCUAAUUCAUUUAUCUUAUGUGUAUUGUGUUUUUGACUUUAAUUGAAUGAAAUUGUAAUACAUUUUCAAUCAAAUAAAUGGUAUCGUUUGUAAUAUGAAA